AUGUUCACGGAAUCUGGCGUCCAACCCAGGCGGACCUUCACACUUCCGAUGUACACAUUCGGAUCCAGUUGCUACCCUACUAGUUCGGAAUUAUGUCCCCGUUUGACAACACCUAUCAGAAUUCCAGGAGUAUAUGCCACUUCCACACCCAUGGCUACGUCGACUGUCUCAGUAAACCCAGGACGGGCACGUCGAGGUCGUAGGUCCACAAUACCACCAGAGCAACGGGAAAAAACACGUCGGGUUUCAAAGAUACAUUUUCCAUGGAAGUGGAAACAUAUGCAUUCAGAGUUAUCACUGUGUUUCUUCGAGGUCAGCAAACAAAGCAUUUUUGCGAAUACAGGAUUCAUUGUACCUCCCUGUCCUUAUCCUUUUCAACAGCUAAAGAAACAGGAUAUGGAACGUCGCCGUCGUGCUUGCAUCUCGGACAAAAUGAACGCGCUGCAUAACCUGGCUAUGAACAUAAUCGGACUUGAUGCACACCAACAGCAAAAGCAAGAGAAGGCCGAUAUUCUAAAUACAUGUUACAAAGUGUUUGAGGCGAUUGCACAGAUAGUUCACGAAGAACCAGAACUGCAAACGCGAAUACACCAGCUCCGUUCUAUUUGCAACGCACCAGAACCCUCAGCUGGUACCUCCUUGCCUCCGGAUGAAAACACACAAAGCAGUGCGUUCUCGGACGACCUACAGAGUUCUGAUUCUGAACAUAGUUACCCCGCAUCUCGCACUUCCGAAAUGAAAGAGAAUCGAUCUCAGUCUCCUAGCUUUGGAUAUCAAUCUACGCAUUCUAGAAAACCUCUAACAGAGGUUCAUAUGAAUAUCCGCAAUGAAACUAAUUCAUCGUGUAACACCUGCACUGAUGGAUCUCGAUUAUACGACAGCGGUAUCUGCAAUUCGUUCGGUGAGAACAUAUCUGUUCCGGGCUCCAGCACUCAUCACCAAGCCACCCAUAAGUUUAAUCCAAAGACAGAUAUGAGUCGAAAACCUCGCAUUUCCUUAGAGAAACCCCCGCUCCAACACCUGUCACCAUGCACGGAACUCAAAUUCACCGGAUCUCAAGUAACUCCUUCCAAUUCAUCCGCUUUCCGAGUUGUUCAGGGUGCAGAUAUCAAGCCAGUGUCCAAUUCAGUGUGGCGUCCAUAUCUAUGA